AUGGACAUUCUCGAUAACAUCAUUCCAUAUAUUUCUGGCGAAGAAGAUAAGCUAGAAACCGAGCCCCGUAAGAUUCUCGGUGCUGUUUCCAGCGACAAGGUCUCGUUCUCCAUCAUCCCCGAAAAUGAAAUGAAGAUUUCUGCCACCACCACCCGUGUUCCAGUUACCGACGGCCACACCGCAUGCGUUUCGAUCAAAUUCGCCAAACAGCCCGCACCCUCCAUCGCCGAGAUCGAGAAAGUUCUUUCUGAAUACACCUGUGAAGCUCAACAGCUAGGCUGCCACUCCGCUCCAGCACAUGCCAUCGAUGUUCUUUCACAACCCAACAGACCACAACCACGUCUGGACCGUGAUCGCGGAAAUGGAUACACUGUCUCUGUGGGCCGUAUCCGCCCGGAUCCCGUCCUGGACGUCAAAUUUGUCGCUCUUUCGCACAACACCGUCCUUGGCGCUGCCGGUUCUGGUAUCCUCAUUGCCGAACUACUUUUGGCUAAAAAUCUCCUUUAA